AUGAAUGGCAGUGACUGUGGAAGCUGGACUGUGUUCUCCUCCAGAGGGUUCUUCAAGCAUCACAAUCAAAGGUACCAAAUCGAGCCCUUGAAAUUUACGGACCAGGAAGAACACGCUGUUUUCAGAUAUGAUGAUUCAGAAGGAGGUCCUGCCAAUUACACCUGUGGAGUGAAGAAUUCAGACUGGCUUGAAAAUCCCCACACCCCGAGAUCAUCCAUCCGACCAGAAAACUUUCUUCAACAAGAGAAAUACAUUGAACUGUUUGUGGUCCUGGAUCAUGCUUUUUUCAAGGAGCAUGAUGGAAACCUCGGGGAGAUAAGAAGAACAGUUUUUGAAAGGGCCAACUUGAUCAAUAUGAUUUACAAAACCAUCGACAUUUAUGUGUCUCUCGUCGGUACUGAAAUCUGGACCAAUGACAAUAAGAUACAGGUGGUGUCCAAUGCCAGUAUCACCUUGGCUAGAUUUGCAUUCUGGAGGUAUGACGUCCUGCUGAAAAGGAAGAACCAUGAUCAAGCUCACUUACUCACGGGGAUAGACCUCAGAUACCCAACGGUGGGACUGUCCUACAUGAAUUCAAUGUGCAGAAAGAAUUCCGUCGCUAUCAUUGAGGCCAAGAAGAAGUAUCACUUUUACACCGUUGCAAUAAUGGCUCAUGAAAUAGGCCAUACCCUUGGGAUGACUCAUAUUUCGCAAUCCUGCAACUGCACCACUGGAAACUGCGUGAUGGUCAAACAACUGACACCCAUCUUCCCAAAGGAUUUCAGCUCAUGCAGCCAAGAAAAAUUACAACAAUUCCUACUUUCGAACAAGCCAGUUUGUCUCCUGAACCUGCCAAUCUCCAAAGAUAUUGUAACCAAACCACUGUGUGGGAACCACGUACUGGAAGUGGGAGAGGAGUGUGACUGUGGAACCCCCGAGGAGUGCACCAAUCUUUGCUGUGAUGCUAGGUCCUGCCGAAUGAAGUCAUGGGUGAAAUGUGACGGAGACUGCUGUCAUCGCUGCAAAAUUAAAAAGAAGGGCACCCUGUGCAGGCCUGCCAAGCACGAGUGCGACACACCCGAGGUGUGUGACGGCCGCUCACCUCGCUGUCCUAAGGAUCAGUUCCGGGCCAACGGAACCCCGUGCCACAAUGGAGAAGGCUACUGCUUCUGGGGAGUGUGUCCCACCUUGCAGGAUCAAUGCACCGCACUCUGGGGGGAAGGUAGAGACCGCCUGUAG